AGGCAGCAGCAAUAGCAGCAAGUACUUCGCCAGCAACGAUUCGUCGGACACAUCGCGGAAAGCACGCAAGUCCGCGGAGGCCCAGGACAAGGAGCAUACGAGCUUUAAAAAGAACGAGGACAACCCGAUAUGGAGCAUGAUCAAGCAGACGCCCGAACCCCUCAUGAUGACCUAUCAGAUCUGCCCCAGGUACCAGACCCAAAACAUUUCUCGCUCUCUCUUCCUCUGAAUCCUGGGUUCCCGCUCAUUCCUCUGAGAAACCUGAGAGAAACAUGACCAUUUGAGCGUCUCUUUCCACAGGAGAAAGAGAUAGCGCUUCCAGGCUCUCUCGCUGAGGUAGUUCUGAUCAGGCUAAAUGUCUCAUUGCACCGUCAGCCCUGAGGUAGGUGACUCCAGGUGACGGUACACAAUGAGACCCGUGAUAAAGAGCUUGACGAGGUGACACAAGCACCUUAUUAUGGACGGAGGAGAGGGCGAAUCUGCCAGGCCUAGAUGUUUAAACACUAUCAAUGUGCUGUCGAGUGUCAUCGAACAAACAUAUGAGGCAGCAUAAGUGAGUUUUAUUGUGUGUGUGUGUGUGGACAUCCAUGCAGGGAUCAGGCCCAGGUUCUUCAAGAAGACCGGGAGAAGCUGGUUCUGAUGCAGCCCAUGCAGCCCUGGUUCACCCAGGACCAGAAGAAGGAGCUGGCCGAGGUCCAUCCCUGGAUCCAUCAGCACACCGUCCCACAGAAGAUCAACACACAGGGUUGUGUGAGUUGUAACACCAUGGAACCGGGUGAAAAUCUGAAUCUUCAGACUGACUGUCCAAACCCUCCCACUCCUAUCAGCUCCGGUCCGUCACAGGACAUCAGACCCAACACAGACACCUGACCACAGACCCUGCUGGACCUCCAGGCCUCUGGGACUCAGGGAUUCUUCUGCUUUCAGAAGAGAGAGACACCUGCAUCCAUGUGCAAGUCUCUCAUAACUCCUCCUGAGGACAUGAAACCGCGUCAGAGUGAGUUUGGACACUCGCAGGAGACGGACAUUGAGUGACGCUCGCCACAUGACCAUGCAUUUCUCUCUGCUGUUCUCCGUUACAGUCCAUGGACCCUGACAGCUGUGAAUAUCCGACUAUAAUUGGGUAGUGUCAUAAGAGUACUUCAUAUUUUUUUUAGACUGUUGCCGAAUGUUUUUGUUCAUUAAUAAUGUGUCCGCUACCGAAUCUUGAAUCUUGCUGGCUCAGGAGGGUUUAUGAUCUCCAAGAAGUCCCUGCAACCAGUUUCCUGACCACUUGCGCAGAUAUAUAUAUAUAAUGCGUAUAAAAACAUUAGCACUCACCGCCAAAAUCUAACAGCAUCUACGAAUGGAAAGGAAUGAGAUUUAGUCCAGAGCACAAAGAUCUUCAAUUCUUAUUGACUUCAUCCAAUCCAAAUGAAUAAUUUGAAUGAGGCCUUAAAUAAGUUUUUCUGUCAGAGUUUAUUUUUCUUCUCUCAAUUUCAAAUAUUUUUUCCAAUAUACAUGUGUUUGAAUGAUGUCU